AUGGCCCCCCUUUCAGUCUUCGCCACCACCUGGAACACAGGUCUCCAGGGAUCCAAGGCCCAGUCUCAGGACCUCACCAGCUGGCUCCUCCCCGUCCUCCACAAUGCCACCAGCCCCGACCUGCCCCACGCCAUCGCCCCCGAUAUCUAUGUCAUUGGCGUCCAGGAGUUGCUGCCUGUCCAUCUAGCUUUGGCAGGUCUUACUAGCCCAGUGCUGCUCGCCCUGACCCAGCGAAUAGCCUCUAUCCUCUCCUCCCACGCCACCUCCCUCUCACCAUCCAAGACCCCGGACAAGUACUCUCUCGUCUCCCGCGUGGCUCACGUGGGCAAUGCCAUCUGGGUAUUUUCUCGCGACAAGACAAUGGAGGGGCGAGUGGGUAAAGCUUCCGAAGCCAGGCUGGGCUUGUACUAUGGAGGUAUGGGCAAUAAGGGAGCUGUUGGGGUGCGGCUGCCAGUACGAAGAGGCAAGAUUGGCGGGUGGGAGGUGCUGACUUUUGUCAACACUCACCUUGAAGCCCAUGACCGCAACAUUCCCCGCCGUAAUGCCCAAUACCAGCACAUCCUAUCCUCUCUCGUCUUCAACAGCUCAGAUCCCCUCACUACUCCCCAGCAGAUAUUCGAUACUUCCCACCUCUUCAUCAUGGGCGACCUAAACUAUCGACUCUCCAGGCAGCCUCCUCCAGAUGGAUUGAGGGAAAACAAGAAUGUCAACGACAUCGCCCUUCUGGAAAAGUCGAGGGCGGAGAUGGUCCGGACGGAUACGUUGAGGCAGCAGCAACGGGAAGGGAAGGUGUUUGGUGGUCUUCGCGAAGGUGAUAUUACUCGCUUUGCACCUACCUACAAACGAGUGGUCGGUGAAAUUGAGGGCUACAGCUCGAAACGUAUUCCGGGCUGGACAGACCGUAUUCUCUUUGCCUCUCACACCGAUCCCUCCUCGUUCUUCUCGCCAUCCGCAGACUCUCUGCGCUUAACAGACGCAGACACCACCCAGAUUGUGCACCUCGAAUCUACACCCGAGCUCACGCUAUCCGAUCACAAGCCGGUGCACGCCCUCUUCCUCCUUCCAGAGAGCGCACAUGAAGCGCCUGCACCUCAUCUCGCACCCAUGCUACCUCCUGCCCCUUCUCAUCACGGAGUGCGGCCACCUCCUACCCAGAGAGAGGUGCUCAUUCUCGAGCGGCUGAUUGGGACGGUAUUGGACAAAGCAGUCGGGUGGCCGUGGACAUUAUUUGUCCUCCUCGGCUUUGGCGAUUCCAGAGCUGGAAUGGGCUUGAGCGCCCUUUUCGCCAUGCUCUGGAGUAUCUGGUGGAGCGGUGUAUUCUCGGCUGCUUGA